CUUUGUUAGAGAGCUUGGUUUCAAAUGUUGUUUACAAGAUGGCUGUAGAUUUGUAGAAAUUGGUAGAAUAUUGUUGCAAUAGUUACUUCAACUUGGAAUCUCCUUGAACGAGAAACAGAGUGUCAGGAGACAUUGUAAUUUUAAGAAAAAAGACAAGAACAAAACAGUCCAAGUUCUACAGACCUGGCAGUAAAAUCUUCAGCAAUGAGUCAGGCCUCCAGUACUUCUAGUCAAGAAAGCAUUCCUCAUCUACCUCCUGACUCUCCGGGAAGUUCUGUCUCAUUGAGACUACAGGAAGAAUAUGAUGAGCUUCUUAAGUAUGCUGUUGUUGUUCCCAAAUGUGAUCCUUCUAAAAUGCCACAAACUCUCACUACCAUAAGAGGGGCCUUGGAGAAUGCAUCUGAGGAAGGGAUAAUAACUAUAAAAGCAAGACCUCAGAAAGGCAGGGGAGUGGAAGAGGGACCAGAAGAGGAGGAGGAAGGUGAAGAGAAGACACCGAGACAGAAGGAGGAAUACAAAGAUCAUAGAGUCAGAUAUUUACCUGAUUUUGAUCAAAGCUCCAUCACAUCAAAGGAUCAUUCAUCAACCUCCAGUUUUGUUGAAAGAGGGACAGGAAAGGCCUCUGAUGACAGUUCCAGAGAUUUUGUGCACCCAUUGUUUCCAGAACCCCGAACUUUUGAAAGCCAGGAGAAGAAGCAAGGGGUUGAUGAUAUUUAUUCUGUGCAUUUGGACCCGGAUGUUGGGCGGUUGGAAACAGUGGUGGAUCAGUGGUGCUUGGAAUUCAAACGAAAUGUGCUGGCAGAAUUUAGUCAGUCAAAACUUCUUAUUGUACAGCAAACACAAAAAGAGCUCCUGAGAGAAAAACAGAGGCAUGCCACUGAGAAGAGUGAGAUGAUGCGUGAAAUGAACAGUAUGAAGGAACUGCUCCACACCUAUGAACAGUCCAUGGAACGCAAAGACCAGAUUGUAUCCAACCUUACUGCUGCUGUACAGCGUCAUCGAGACAAGCUGGAACUCAUGAGGAAAUUUUCUGACUGGCGUCUGAAGCAAAAUGAUGCAAAACGUGAGGCCUUUGCAAGUGUCCUGGCACGUAAGCAUUUUGAAAAGAAGCUCUGUCAGCGGGUGAUAUCAGCCUGGUUCUCUACUAUUUAUAAUAAGUGGAAGCAGCGUGUGGAGAAGGCAUGCCAGACAAAAGCACAGGAAGUCUGCAUGCAGCUUACCAAUGACUAUGAGGCUAAGAUCACUUCACUGAAUGAAGCUCUGGAUGUAACCAAGCAGGAAGUGAAGCAACUCCAUGUUGAACGAGAAAGAUAUGAAGAGGCCAUGAAGAAGGCAUUUAUGCGUGGUGUCUGUGCACUGAAUAUGGAAGCCAUGAACAUUUUUCAUGAAGAGGAUGCAAGGGAUCCUACACCUCGACACCCUGAAAGAAAUGGAAAUGAAGCAUCCAGCAAUAUAAAUAGUAUUGGGCAUGAGAAAGGAACCAGCAGCUCAAAGGUACUGUUUCAGGAACCUGUGGGUUCUUCCCAGCCAUCUGAGCACUCCACAGCUAAAGUUCUUUCAGCACAGGGGUCACGGUCAGGUACAAUGCCAACACAAACACGGCAGUCAUCAGCCAAGCCAGUAACAGCCUCUGUGCCAUCCACCAGCAAGGGCCGAGCAGUGACCACGCGAAUGACAGGGAAGUCUGGUGAAAGCUCCAGGCACUGGGGUCGCUCGCUGUCACCCACACUUGAUCCACCUAUGGCAUCUGUUGUGGUUGAGAGACACCAGCCAGUGACCAAGCAAACCAUUGGCCAUGCAACAGCCAGCAAAUACCCCAGAGUAGCAAGUGACAAUACAGCCUUCAAGCGGCUGGCAGGUCAGGCUGAUCCACUCAAAAUCAUUCCUCAUGUACAAACAGUUCAUGUGGUGGAGUGAUGCGGUGACACUUCAGACUUCACAAGUGGGUCACAGAAGCCACAGAAACUGUGGCUAAUAAUACUGAAUAUUUGCUGCCCACAAGAGAGUUGAAAGUUGUCCUGAUGAUGAGUUACAGAUUCUCAGAGGAUAAUUUCUGUUCUUUCAACAUUUAUUUUAAUUGUGAUGAAUAAAUAUUAUUUUAAACUUU